CUGUCUCUCAAAAAUGAAUAAACGUUAAAAAAAUUAACAGUACUCCUCCCCUUAACUGACUGUGGAACGAGGAGAUGUGGAUGCGGGACGGCCAGCGGGGGCACGAGUGGAGACGGGAACAAAUACAGACGCCGAAUGACUCCCGGGAGGGCUCUGUCCACAUGCCUGCCCGCUCCCCAUGUGCUCAGGGAAGGGAGGAACCGGCGGGACCGUCACGUGCUCAUCCCCAUCCCUGCUCCACGUUCAAGACACCCCACACUCUGGCAAGUCCACUUCCAGAAUCUCUGGGGUCUGUCCCGUCCUGUGUCCCUGCCGCCCCCUAAUGCAGCCAUUCAACAUCUCAUGAAGGAUUUCAUCUCUCCUUACUUAGAACUGACCACCGGGGCACCUGGGCGGCUCCGUUGGCUAAGCGUCCGACUUUGGCUCAGGUCAUGAUGCCACGGUUUCUGAGUUCGAGCCCCACGUCGGGCGGUGUGCUGACAGCUGGGAGCCUGGAGCCUGCUUCCGAUUCUGUCUCCCUCUCUCUCUGCCACUCCCCUGCUCGUGCUGUCUGUCUCUCUGUCAAAAAUAAAUAAACAUUAGAACUGACCACCGUGUCGCCGCUGUCUGGUACAAUGCCUGGCACAUAGUAGGUGUUCAUUAAGUACCCUCCAAAUAAAUGGCUAAGAGAAGGGAGUUAUCUCCCAACUCUCGCUUCCCUCAGUCAUUCCGUCCUGCGUGCCACGAGAGUCAUCUUUCGAAAGCACUCAUCUGCUUUAAGAACUGAGGGGUGAGAAAUAUUCUCCUGUGAGAAAGAAUAGGCACUUCUUAAUCUCAAAAUAUAUGUUCAGCAGGAGGACUAUUUUUGUAAAAAUAAAGGAUAACCCGACAGAAUGCACAAUAGAACUGUAAUUUUAACAACGGAAUUCACCCCGUUCUUUUGAAGCGUCGGCAGUGUGUAUUACUCUGCAUUAGCUACAAUGAUAAAUAGUGUUUUCAAGAUUCAAACACAUCAAUUACGGCGUUCCUGGGUAUGCAGACGUCUUUUCCUGUUCCAUUUUGUACACAGAUCCUCUCAGACUUCAAAUCAACGCUUCAAAAAUAUUUAUUCGUUAAUUGUAAACCCACAGUGGCCGUUCUUAGCUUUAAUAUUCUUGUGAAAACCAGGAAAACCAAAUUUGCCUUGAGCAACAUGUAUUCAUCAUACUAAACGACGUAUGAUUUUGUUAUCUGUCCAGAUAAAAAGAAUACUGCUCAGGUUAGAGGUAAAAGUAAAUCUUAAAACAUGUUUUCCAAACCAGUUUGUCACCGAGGGCUAAAACUCCAAUCUUUUGUGCCAAACGUUAUUCUGUGCAUCCAUUCCUCUAGUAAAAAUAAGUCACUAACGUUUUAGUAUAAUUUACCCUUAAUAAAUCACUUUUCUACAAGUAGAACGGGAGAACAGAACAGAAAAAUGGGAAGGCAGUCGUGCAAAAGCAUCAAAAUUUUGCUUCGCGCAGGCCACGUGUAGGGACACUCUCUCCCCACCUCCCCUGAAAAUCAAGAUUUGGGAAGAAAGAGUUUUCCUACUCUAACAGACGAGCAUGGAGACUGGGGGAAAAAAUCUUAAAUACAGUCUUUGAACCUCUUACCCAGCACUUGGAACACUCUCCAAAAUCUAGUGAACCUAGAAUACCAGCAGCCCUAAUUCCUGAAUUCCAUUUUUAAAAUAAUAAAUUAACGUUUCAAGAACCUGCAACACGGCGCCACCUGGUGCCGGCAGAGGGAAAGGAGGUUCCAGCCAAGGGACUGUCUGGUGCCCUUUGUUAGCUCCAGUGAGGGAAACGGAAAAACACAACAGUUGUCUGUCAUCACGUUAAGUCCCAGCGUGCUACUAAAAACAAAUGUCGUGUGAAAAUAAACUUGGAAAUUAUUCACAGCUUAUCCCCAAUGAUCUUAUUUUGAGAGGGAAUACAUCACAUUCUGCUAAUAUCAACACUGAGUUCUUGCAACGUGGCCACUCGGCCGAGUCUUUCCGUGUCAAUAUAUUUUUAAAUCAUAAGAGCGUUUUCCAAGUGCACACGCGAGCGACACUUCUUGGUCGUGGAAAGCUGCCCCCCGAACGGGAGCUUCCUCACUGAAACACUGUUCCUGAGGGAGCGGGGUCCCCCUCCCGGAGGGUAAAUUGAGAACCCCAGAUCCAAAAUUGACCUGGAAAUUCAAAAUAAUCAGGGAAAUAAAAGUGCACACAACUCGGUCGAGUACCUCUCCUCCCCAGGACACCAGCACCGUCUCAGAACCGCGUCCACACGGAAACGGGCGUGACGGAAAGUCCCCUCCCGAGGAGCCUCGGACGCCGAGUCCCUGGCGGCGGAGGGGGAGGCCGCACCGGCAGGCGGGUGGGCACCGCACGGCGGGCGCAGGUGAUUCGUCCCGCCACUUUCAACCUGAAAACGGUGGGCCCAGGAAGUCUUACUGGUUCCAGGUAAAAACAACACCUGACGAUGCCGAGCGAAACGGCGAGCCCCAGCAGCAUCGCCCAGGCGCGGGGAGCUGUGCCACGGAGGACGGAGCCCCCACCCCCCGGGGAGAGAGUAAAGGUGUCAAAGGCAUUCACGGACCCCGUGUCCUACUGCGAGGAGCACGCCAGGAGCGACCCCGUGCUGAUCCGGACACCAAGCUCGAAGACCCUUUAGAGGAUAAGAAAACUUGCCUCAUCUUACAGAGGACCACGGAGACAGUCCCUCGCCUGACCUCCACGAAGCCAGUCACGGGCAGUUCCUUGGAGGACAUCUGCCUUCAGCCUCUUGGUAACCACUGCUAGCGACCACAGUACCCUAGCCUGGAAUGACUCACUCCGACUCUUGAUGUCCCAAGCUGCCCUUUCUCCAAAACACCUCCUUCUGACCUAAUACAGAAUAAUGAUCUUCUUUUCCACGUGAUGACCAUGGCGCCCUAUUGGCUUACUGCUUUAGACAGGUCGGCUUGAGCCAUUUUAGAAAACAUGAUCAUAUACUCUUAAAUACAUGAAUAACCCAGUCCUAUCAAGACCUAAACUACCUAAGUACCCGUCUGGGUGAAAAUGCCAAGAACAACUUACUGAAACCUUUAUGUCACGGUAUGUUUUUGAUAGGGUUGUGCCAACCUGUGCAGCGUAGACGGGUGAGGGGCAUCUUGUGUAUGUACACGUAUCGAUGCUUAUUUCCUUAUUAAAAUUUCUCUCUCCAUGCCACCAGUUGAAAGAAAAAAGAAAGCUUCCCUCCCAAGCUCCGCUCCACGGCCACCAGGCCCACCCCACCCCACCUCGGAGACGUCCGCCGGUCCGGCCGGCCACUCACGCUGAGCUGCCCGCAUUAAUGGCCAUGAGUCACCGCAUUUACAGAACCAUUGUUAAACACGUAAGGCUUGACUUUGCUCGUCUGAUCUCAUUUCCGGUUCCUUCCAGACUGCGCCCUCUCAUGCAAACGGCUGCCAGGUCACCGUCCCCGAGGCACCGCGCACCACGCUGCCACCGACCUCACACCCCCGGCCCAGGACCGCACCCAGACCCGAGCGAGAGGGGGCUUCGGGCACACCGCGUCCUCCCCUAAACAUACGUGCUCCUCGAGUUCUGCCUUUCCAGGAUAUUCUCUCCCCCCAUCACAGUGCGCUGCCUCCAGGCUCCCGUUCAAGCCGUUUCCUCACAAACCCCCUCUGCAGUCUCUCCCGCUUCCCUGAGCGGGCGUAGGGGCCUCCCACACCAUCCACUCUGGAAUUUCUGCAGAGACUUCACAUCUUCACUUUGACGGUUUGAGUUACAUUGUCAUUUUCCCACCUCCACAAUGCGCCUUGGCCACAGAAGAGCCGUGGUGUAGAUUUACGGGCUGACGCUCCAAACGGUGUCCGGGGACACGAACGCCUACUACAGUCGCUGCCUCACUGCUACGCUCUCAGUUCCCAGGGAAACACUCCGAGGCAGACUCUACCAUUCCCUCCACUUGGAAGACAGGGAAACCCAAGCGAGGAAGGUAAAGCCGCUCGGCUCAGAGGCCGGAGGGCCAGAACCCACACCAGGCCCACCUGCCCUUCUGCCCGUCCAGCCGCGUGUGGCUCCCCCCGUGCAGAGAGCAGACGGUACGGCAGCCGGUGCCUCCCCAGGGAGGUGUGAGGACAGGCCGUGCCCAGGGCACCACGGACCCCGCAUCAGAGCCUCCCCAAGCACCCACGUCUGAGGUCUGCGGCCUACGAUGUCCCCGUCUGGGUGGCUAGGCAGCGAGCCCUGGGGGCAGCCGCGGGGCGCCCCCCUGAACAAGUGCGGAGGGCAGGAGGGGGCCCGGGCUGGGGCCACACGCAGGCCACACCCAGCAGACAGCGACCUGCUACUCCCCACCUCCAGCAGCAGAGUCCCGGUCCCCUCCUCCCCCCCAACAACCUUGGUGGCAUCUGCUGUACAGCCCUGCCUCACAGGUAAGGGGGAGCUGGGAGAGAAUGAGCCUCCGAACACAUCUGGAGAACCCAAAAUCCAUGCCAGGCUGCACUCUGCAGAGGCCCCUCUGUCUCCCUCAAACGCCCCACAUACGACCCCCACGCGCGAGCUGCAAGCAUGUGUAAGGUGGUGCCCUGCCUCCGUAGCCGUGACCCCCGUCUCAGAACCCCCACCUGUGCAGCGCACCUAGGUGGGGGCGGCCCGGGCCAGGAGCCAGGAGGGUCCCGGAACCUCGCGCUGAAGGCUGUACCCCCUUCAGCUGGAUGCAGGGGUCCCUCCUUCUUUGCCGGCCACACCCGUGCAUCUCUCCUCUUUAAUUCAACAUCGAGCCGUGGCCUCCGGUGGGCGGGCCUCCCCACGGUCAGAAGCACAGGUCGGGAAGGGGCAGCGGGGCCUUUCCCCUGAAACUGUGAAGUCAACCACGUCCACAAACAGAACGGGUGCUCAAUCAAUGUCUUUUGAUCUGAAUUACCAAUCAGUCUGGGAAUCAAUCUUCUGACCCCCUUUUACCCGACCCUAAAUUCUUGCCAAAGUUACUGCACGUGGAGGAAGAGCCAGGAUGGCUGCAAGAACUUCAAGAAUGGAAAUGAGGACCAAGGAAAGGGACCCAAGUGUCAGUGUCAGAUGAGGAGGUCACAGAUUUCAGAAUGUCACGGUGGAAAGGGAUCCACAGUCUCAGCCAGAGCUCGGGGUGCCCCUGACCCCCCCCCCGCCCAGGCAGCUCCCAGGUCCAAGCUCCCCAUCUCCUGACUCCAGCCAGACCACGGUCCAGCCUGGGACACGGGCAACUUCAGAAGGGAUAUGAACAAGCUGGAAGUCGUCCACUGCUGGUGGGGAUGUGAGAUGCUGAGGAAAGGUCUGGCGAAGCACAGAGUUACCACGUGACCCACCAACCCGGACACACUGAACACAGACACGUGCACACAUAUGCUCUGAACAGCAUCAGCCACAGCAGCUGGACGGUGGACAUGACCUGACAUCCACCAGCAGAUGCCACUAUACCCUGUCCACAUGCCGGGGUAGCGCUGAGCCACAAAAGGAAAGGAAGUGCACACGCCCAAGCGUGGAUGCCUCUGGAAAACGGGGCUACGUGAGAGAAGCCAGUCACAAAGGGACCCACGCAGUAGGAGUCCAUCUGUAUGAAACGUCCAGAACAGUAAACCCUUCGGGACAGAAAGCGGACUGCUGGUUUCCAGGGUCUGGGAGGAAGGAAACACGGAGUGACCACUAAUGGGUCUGGGGUUUCCUUUUGGGGUGAAGAAAAUGUUUUGGAACUACAUGGAGGUGAUGGUUGUACCCCAAUGUGAAUAUACAAAUGCCACUGAAUUACUUCUCAGUGACUGACUUUAUAUAAGGAGAAUUUCACCUGAGUAACAAACAAAACAAAACAAAAUUAGAUUUAGUUUGAGGUGUAUUAGGAGUAAACAUAAUUACCACUUUUUCUGACAACUUCUGUUUUGGAAUUCGACAAUUUAAGCAAGUUAACAGUGCCCAGCAAGAGCUCAGCCUCUGGGAGCCUCUGAGGGAGCCACCCCUCCCACUACAGACCCAACAGCUAAGCACCGGUCAGCCCUCAACACCAGUUCUGAAUCCAUGUGUGAAGACCUCAUCGAUCGUGCCAGUUACUGUAUAAAUUGUACCCAUAACACAGAAGCACACCCCUGGGUUGCUGUGCCAGAGACCUCAGUGUGUCCCUCUCUGCCGGUCAUGGGGCAGCCGUCUGGGGUCAACUCCUCCGACACAAUCUCAGAGCACAGGGUCCACGGUAGCACAAGCCCUGUGAUCACAAGCAGCUGUGCACGGGGAUCCCCUUCGGUGAGAGAGAUCCCCCAGGUGAAGCGGACGAGCACGACUGCCCUUCUGAGGACGAGGCCAGCGGCAGGGGCACAAGCCUGCAGCUUCGUCCGGUGGGGGCUCUCGCCCUGCUCUCGCACCCGUGUCCACUUCUCCUCACUUCCAUCACUGGAGGCCAGCGGAUGCUAAACUCCAGAUGGGAAAACCUCGCUCCUCCCUUUCCCGCAGAAAUCACUGGAUUUCUUUGAAGCAGGGGUGUCCUGGCUUCUAAAAAAGAUUCUUCGCACAAAUUUCUGGCUGCACGUCACCCCACUCUGCCCCAGGCUGGGUUCCCUACUCUCAGACACUGUCUGCAUUUCCCCGCUCUCUAGGACCUCAACACAGCCCAUCGGCUCUGCGUUUCCAGGGUCUAAAGGGGAUCACCAGGUGUCAGCAAGUUAAGGCUGGUGCAGUAGCCCUCCAGAUCCCCCUCUGCACAGCAGGACGGGGGCGGCACAGCCUGGCAGACGGGCACACCCUGUAAACACCAGUACAGUUCCUGCCUUCGUGACUGUUGUUUUGCUCAAUAGUUACGAAAAGAGGGGGGGGGAAAAGCCUUAUAAAUUAAUUAUCAUCAAUAUUUAAAGGAGCACUGCAGUAAGUUAUUUUAUAAUUAUUUUCUAAUUCACCCCAUAAUUUAUUGAUCUAUAAUUAUUUUUAAGAGAGGCAAGCCUCUAUUAUUAGCAUUGUAACAUCAGUUAACGUUUUCCUUGAAGCAAAAGAUUUAGCAACAUCACCCAAGAUUAAGUCAUAAUGUGCAGUCACUAUCGACAGUAUUUCAAGUGAGACUGUCUUCAGUAAGUGUAGGCAUAAAGGCUAGUCUACUGAAAAAAGAGAAAGGGAGAGGGAUGGAGACAGAGGGAGGAAAGAGAGGAAAAAAGAAAGAGAAAGAAAGCAGAGAGAGAGACAGUUGCCUGAAACACUAAGGAAGUCAGUGCAGGAUUUGUCAAAUACUGACCACUUUUGACGUCACAACAAUGAGAGAGAUCGUGUGUGUGUGUGUGUGUGUGUGUGUGUGUGUGUGUGUGUGUGUGUCUAGGGAGUGUUAUUCUGAAAGUUGCCAGGCAUAAAGGGAAAUCCCAAACCCAAAAUAAUAGCCAACACAUUCCGUUCGGGACACAUGAGAUUCCAAGAAAGGGGAAGAAGAAUCUAACUGCAGAUCACCUAACGUUUUCUGGCAAAGAAUCCUUCCAAAUAACCAUACAAGGAGCCACAGGGGAACCUUAAAGGGAGAAGACUUUGCAAUGGGAACAGAAUCUGCACGAGGACCCAGAGGCGCCCUUUCAGGGCACAGGACACCCCAAGCUACUUCGUCCUCUGCAGUCCUCCCCACUCAACAUCUCCCACUGUUACCUGUCCAGGACUUUCAAGUCUUCCUCACUUACAGACUGAGAUAAUGACAGGAGACUUCUUAAAGAAAAUUGGGUUCCAUGUAGCUAACGGGUUACAAACGUUCUAAUUGUGCAUGCUUACGCCAAGUAGGCCCCCCACUGGGGACUUCCUCUCUGUGCUGGUCUGAGGUUUGAUCGUGGACACAACAGUGAAAGCACUUUGAGAAACGAAACAGGGAAGGCAGAGAAAAUACUUCGGGAACCUUACAACUGAUGGAACAGAUAAAACACCAGGUGAGACACACGGGCCCCAUCUCAGCCUCGCCUUUGCCUUAAAGGAGUAUGUUUGGGAAAGACUGUCAACUACUUACUCCCCCACACCCUGCCGUGAAGUAACUAUACGUCCCCGCAAACGCCACCAUAAACUCUGAAGAACCUGCUCGCGUUUCCAGACUAAGGCACACCUGGUUCAGACGCUCCGUAAGAUCACCGCCCACACAGGACCCGCUUCCCUUGGAGGAAACCUCACGUUGCGGUGGUUCUGUGGUUUGGUGGAGAUGUCCUAACGAACUGCACGUUGAACUAGCGGGACACACAUGUGACCAGAAGCAUUUUUAUCCCGUCUCCUGCUGUCCCUUUCAACCUGCCCAGCACAGACUCCCUCUGUCUGUGGGAUGAAAACCCAGCAGGCCCGUCAGUCCCCCUAACGGCUCAGGGGCCUCUGCUCCAAAGCCAGCGAUUCCUCUUCAGCCUCCGGGAGCCCGGGGACCACCAACAAGGUGAAAAUGUGUCUCUUUGGGAAAGGAGGAGGCAAACUUCUGGAGAAACUUACAAGGGAAGAAGGCAAAGACACAACCAAGUAAUACCGGUCACGAAUAGAGACGCGAAGCCAGAUGUAAUUAACAGCAUCACUUGUGGCCAAAAGUCAAAAACUUGGAUGAACAAAUUCUUUCUAACUGACAAGAACUCAAAAAUAAAUAGAAUUCCUGAAGAAUCUUCUCGCUAUUAAAGAAACGAAAGCAGUACUUAAGAACUUUCCACACUUAAACAUAAAACAAGGGGUUUUUACAAGUGAGUUCUCCAAAACUUUCAAGACAAAGGUUAUUCCGUCCAUUCUCACAUAACGCCCUUCUGGGGGAUGAAGAGAGGGACCAUGCCCAUCUCAUGAGGCCAGUACAAACUUCAUGUCUAAUUAGGCAAGACCAACCUCGUUCCUGAACAUAUGUCCCAAAUCCUAAAUAAAAUAUUAGUAAACCAGACCCGGUUGUGAAUAGGAAAACAUAAUAUGUCCUGGCCAAGUCUGAUUUCUUCCAGAAAUGCAAGAGUGUUCUCAUAUUAGAAAGUCCAUAAUAUUCAUCCACCGUAUCAUCAGAAUAUUACACGGUCAUCUCAAUAGAGAUGUGGUCAAACAUCAUUCAAGCUAGGAUCAGAGAGAAACGUCUCCGCCCUGGUCAAAACCACGUAUGAAAUACCUACAUGGAUACUCUUCAUGGGAAGACUCUAGAAGCGACAUUCCCUUAAAGCCAGGUAAUGACCAGCAUGGCCAUUGUUGUCGCUUGAAUUUAACACCAGUGCUGGAGAGUGGAGUCAACACCAUGAGGCAAUUAAAAUACAUUAAAGUCACCGGGGCACCUGGGUGGCUCUUGAUCUCAGCUCAGGUCAUGAUCUCAUGGUUCGUGAG